CAAGAAGGAAACAGAGGAAAGCAUACUUUCAGGCACCCUCGUCUGUAAGGAGAAUACUGAUGAGUGCUCCUCUAUCCAAAGAACUCCGUACGAAAUAUAACGUUCGUUCGUUGCCUAUUCGAAAAGAAGACGAAGUUAUUAUUGUUCGUGGAGCGUACAAGGGAAGAGAAGGAAAAGUUACCACCUGCUAUCGAAAGAAAUAUAGAAUACACGUGGAAAGAGUAACAAGAGAAAAGGCAAAUGGAAUGACAGUUCCAGUGGGAAUACAUCCAUCGAACGUCGUUAUUUCGAAGUUAAAGUUGGAUAAGGAUAGGAAAGCUACGCUGGAACGCAAGAAUCGGGAUAGACUUAUGGACAAAGGCAAAGGAAAGUUUACAGAAGCAGAAGUGUCUGCAAUGGCAGAUGUUGACUGAACGAAUAAAAUUCUCCCCUAUUUCGUUUAAGAGAAGCAGUAUUUUGGUUAUUACAAACAAAAAUGAAUUUCUCUCUUAUCUG